GACAGGAGAGAGAAGAUCAGCAGGGAAGGAAAGGUGUGAGCGUGCCUAGAGAGACAGGCAGCAGAGCGCCCGAGAGGAGGACAACUACAUCACUUUGGGGGCUAGUAAUGGUCAACAAAGAUGAGAAGCAGGGAAGGUAGAUAAGAGGACGGUGAAGGAGAAGAAGCCUACAAAACUCAUGAAGAAGGGACAUUAAGGAGGCCACCAGAGUCAAGACACCAACUCCUAGAAGAGGAAUUCGCAGGAUUUUGACCCAUCUCCUCGGGGACCACUGUCGUGGGACAUUGUUAGGUCAUGGCUACAGCAGCUGAGGAGUUUGGAAUCCUGCAAGAUGGCGAAAGAAGAGCCGUUGAGGCCGGCCCUCCAUCAGCCACUUGGACGGACCCCACAGCCAACCCUCCACCGGACAGAAUUACGGAUGGAAGCAUCCAGCCCAAGGACAGCUCGGAGGAACCCAAGGGGGUUGAAAACACCGGCUUUAUUGGAGAUCCUCCACCAUACUCUCCCCCAGACCCAAAGAUCGCCCAUCUGCUCUACCCAGAGUAUCAGCCCAACUUCUCAGGCCAAGUGCCGGUACUGUACCAGCCGGGACCCACAAUGCAGAAUGCGUUCUCCCACCAUAACGUGCCGCCAGGAUCCUAUCCGUAUAUCAUUAACGAUGGCUCCACGGGAUUACCCCCUCAUCGACCAGAAGUGAGGACAAAGGACUACAUGGUGGAGUCUGUGCUGGUCAUGAUCUUCUGCUGCUUCCUAUCAGGGAUCAUAGCCGUGGUAUACUCGCACGAGACUCGGACGGCUCUCAGCAGGGGGGACGUCGUCCAGGCCCAGGAAGCUUCCCGCAAAGCUCGGUCCCUCGUUCUGUUCAGCCUGCUUUUCGGAGUCUUCGUGUCGGUCAGCUGGAUAAUAUACGUGGUUGUGGCCAUUUUCUAACGUUUGGGAGAAGAAUUCUCGGAAGCUCGGACUCGCGCUGCUCUUAUCGGGAUUUUCACCCGGUCGCUGCCAGGGCUUACAAGGAAGCCACGUCUUCAUGUUCAACAAAUUGCUUCCAUUCCGUGGCAUCGCUUAGAACCUCAAGAACGGUGCGGCUCCAACCUACAAAAUGAAACGUUUUGUUCUUCUAGUGUAAGAUAGGUAAUCAGCAGGUGAGGGAGUACCAGUGCCGGCUUUCUCGCCCGCUCCCCGCCAUGUUUUUAGUGCUGCAUUGGGGGAACCGAGAUAAAAAUUAAGAUGUAGAGCCGAUAACCAAAGCCACCAAAGUUGACAUGGGGUCUUUCUGCAAACGUUUUGGAGGCACCAAGCACUAUAGACCAUUCAAGACGUGGACUGGCAUAUCCAACAAAGAAAAAUGCAUUCAACCUGGACAACCACACUCGGUAUCUACAAUCUAUCAAAAACCCCCUAGAAUGGGUCUAUGCAAGACAAUAAAAAGAAAUCUUAUAGAGAUAAUUCCGUUGAUUAGGUACCGCACAAGGUACGCGUGUAUUUAUAUGUACAGAGGACAGUUAAGUAAAAAUAAAAUAUUGUUUUUUUAAUUUA